AAACCUAGCUUGCUUGCUCGGUCACUCUGCUCGAUCUCUGCACUCGUCUCCCCCUCUCGUAAGCAGUAACACGAAAACGACGAGGGAAGCUUCCUUAGCGACUAAUCAAGCGCCAAAUUCUCCAUUAUUAAAGCUGAUGCUAAUCCCAUGCUCGUCCGAGUCUCAUUUCAUCGCCUCGCUUUAGCUCCCGUCCCGAUCCCCCGACCGCCCGUUGAGCUUGGGCCACCGCGACGAACAGGUACAUGGCUCGCGCCGGCGCAGCCGUCGUCCUCGCCUUCGCCGUCUGCUGCCUCCUGGUGGCCCCCGCGCCGGCGCGCCGCCCCGUCGACCUUCCACCACGGGCGCUCCACGCCAUCGUCGACCGCGAGGCGGCCGCGGAGCCGCUGCUGCCCAAGCCGGCGGGGGGCGCGAACUGCGACGAGGCGGCUGAGCAGGGCACCGCGCUCGCCGUGCCCGAGGAGGAGCCCCGGCAGCGGUCCUCCCUGCUGUGCCUCGUCUUUCGGUGCGGCGGCGAGCCGGCGCACGCGGGCAGCGCGUUAGUGGCCCGGGGCAGCUCCGAGGAGCCGCUUGCGGGGGAGGCGGAGGCGGAGGCGCAGGAAGAGGAAGCGGACGACGUGAAGGAGCGGCCGUACGAGACGGACUCGGACUCUGAUAGCGACUCCGACUCCGACGACGAGGGCGACGACGGCAUCUUGGGGUGGCUCUGGAGGCUGGCGGAUCGCUUCUGAUCGAUCCUCGCCGGCCAUGGCCGCCGAUGGUUUGAUCCUUGUCUGGCGCAUGUUCUGUAUACCGGAACCUACUAGGAGCAGAUCAUAGCAGCAACACACUUCUUUGUACAAAUUAUUUCUGUAUAGAUGAAAUAAAUGAUACACCUGUGUUGUUGCAAUCGUAUGGAAUGGAUCAAUGAAACUGCUGCUGUCACAUGAUUAAACUCAUCA